AUGAGUGUCGAGUAUAACGACGAUCCUUGCUUAUGGUCAGUCAAGUACAAGAACAUCACAACACUUGAGAUUACACCCGGGGCGAUUAUUCUGCAACGUCGUUUUGUGCGCUAUCGUGGCUACUUACGAGAAUGGGUUUUGGUCAUGAUCUCUAAUGGAGCCAACUGGGAAUAUUACUUUUGUGAGCCAUAG